AUGAAAGUUGAAAUUGUCUUGACUGACACACCAGAGAAUAUUACUUUAGACUUUAGAGAUCUCUCCACUUCAAUGUAUCUCACUGACAGCUACUUAAACAAGUCGCUCGAAAUUAACGAGACGACGAAUGAUUUCGUAUACACCAACCAAUUCGAAAACGAUGCAAUUAUUGUCUUUUUAAUUAUUUUAAAAUGUCUAAUUAUGCUCUUUAUAAUACUGGCCGCUAUAUUUGGCAAUUUGCUAGUCAUUGUGUCUGUUAUGAGACACAGAAAGCUGCGCGUCAUCACCAACUACUUUGUCGUCUCCCUUGCAUUAGCGGAUAUGUUAGUUGCUAUCUGGGCUAUGUGUUUCAACUUUAGCGUUGAGAUUACUAAUGGAGAAUGGCUAUUUGGAUACUUCAUGUGCGACGUCUGGAAUUCACUGGACGUCUACUUUUCUUCGGCGUCUAUAUUACAUCUUUGUUGCAUAAGCGUUGACAGAUACUAUGCAAUCGUUCAACCAUUAGACUACCCACUCAUAAUGACGAGCGGGAAAUUGGGAAUCAUGCUCGCUGUCGUAUGGUGCAGUCCAGCACUGGUGUCAUUCCUUCCAAUAUUUGCAGGAUGGUACACCACGCACGAGCACUUAGAUUUUAGGAAAAGACACCCAAAAGUGUGCAGUUUUACUGUGAAUAAAAUAUACGCGGUAAUAUCGAGCAGUGUCAGUUUCUGGAUACCAGGAGUAAUAAUGCUCUUCAUGUAUUAUAGAAUUUACGUUGAAGCGGACCGACAAGAGAGAAUGUUAUACAGGAGCAAAGUGGCAGCAUUGCUAUUAGACAAGCACCUGCAGAUAAACGGAAUAUCGAUGGGUGAUGUGAUGCGCGAACGCCAGAGCAUACAAAUGCAACCAAUGGCAAGCAGCAAGAUGAAGAGGGAGAGAAAAGCGGCGAGAACACUUGGGAUUAUAAUGUCGGCUUUCCUGGCGUGUUGGCUACCAUUUUUCUUGUGGUACAUUAUCACAGCACUCUGCGGGGACGCCUGCCCAUCCCCCCCUCCGGUGGUCGCAGCUGUGUUCUGGGUGGGGUACUUUAACUCGGCACUCAAUCCGCUAAUUUACGCUUACUUCAACCGAGACUUUAGAGCCGCUUUUCGAAAGACUUUGGGCUCAUGUUGCAGGUCGCUCUGUGGAGAUGUCGGACGCCGCUAUUGCUGCCCGCAACAGUUUUUAAGAAGGGAGCACCACCACUCUAACGUAUCCUCCGACAUUCACAUGAACAAUUGCGUGAAAUCUACGUCAGCUGAUGUUCUCAGGGCUGUCCAAGCUUGCAGCUCAAAAGCUGAGGACGUGGUGGUUUUUAAUACUUAA